GUUCCAUUCCCCUUGACAGGAGAUUAUUAACUCAGUGGGAGAAACAAAAACUUGCUUGUUAGAGGGCACAAACAUGACAAGAGUUCUGCUUGAUAGCUCAGAUGCUGAGGUAACAUCAAAUGAAAGCACUAGAUGGAAACACAUGAACUGUAGCUUCAGGCUGAAGUAAUAUCAGGUGCAUCUCUACACCCUCAGGGCUUAACUCCUCCACUUUUAAGUCCCUCCCAUUGAAACAGCCUCCUUCAGUUUCACUUAUUCAAGCAGCAAACAGGUACUUCUCUCUCAACACUGACAGCAAGAGUCUAACAACCCUGAACAACUUGGACCUCAGUCCCCAAACUCACAGUUUCCAAUUGUGAGUACCAUUUUCUUCUGGCACUUUCCAGAACUGGCUUCAAAUCAGAUAUGUAGAGAAUCUCUUCUUUGAAUUAAAAGAAAGACUGGUAAACUUCAUAUAUCUAUUAUCUAAGUCAAACAAGACCACCUUUAACAAAUUAAAGUAAGGGAAAUCCCAAACCUAAUCAUCAAAGCAGGAAGAUGAGCCUCCUCAAAGAGCGCAAGCCAAAAAAACCUCAUUAUAUCCCAAGGCCUCCAGGAAAACCAUUUAAAUACAAGUGUUUUCAAUGCCCUUUCACCUGCAAUGAGAAAUCACAUCUUUUUAACCAUAUGAAAUAUGGACUCUGCAAAAACUCAAUUACCUUAGUGUCUGAGCAGGAUCGUGUUAUCAAAUGUUCAAAGUCAAAUUCCUUGGAGCCUAAGCAGAUCAAUCAGACAGAAUCUGUAGCCAAACCAACUUCCUCAAAAGCCCUCUCAAAUCUUGACUCUAAACCUCAAUAUGCUUUUGCCAAAGAUGACACCAAGGAAAACGUGGAAGUUCAAGCACCAAGUAAAUCAGUAAAUGGGCAAAAACCAUUAAUUCAGAAGGAAUUAACUCUUAUCAGUAAUGAAGAAGAAUGUUCAGCCAACAUGCAGCCUGGUCUUGAUGGCAUCGUAAGACCUUCUGCUUUCGUUCCAGUGAGAGAGCAUCGACACAGUAAAGACAGUAAUGAUAUAUCUCAGUUGACAUCUCUUUCCGAUUCAAGCAAAGGCUCUUCUUUUCACACCAAGUCAGCAUUUCAUGCUCCAACGAACCCAUGGAAAACAAGUCCCUCACUUAUGGCACCAGAUUUCUCUCAUAAAAUUCCAUCUGUGAAAGGCUUAACUUCCAUUCCAUCUUAUAUGCAGCCUAUGAUUCCUGAGUAUUCACCUUCAUUGUAUGAGCAUGGAUUGGCUAUCUAUGCACCUUACUUCCUUCCAGGAAACUCUCAUGAAUGUGAAAGUUCAGUGCUCUCUGUCUACAGCUCUCAAGAUCAAAGACAUUUUCUUCCCCACCCUGGAUCACUUCCUAAACCAAUAAAUCCAGCAACUUAUGACCAUUACCGUUUAUUCCAACAGUAUCAUCCUAACCCACCAGUACCAUAUGGAUUUUGUAGACCAACUGAAUCAGCAUUUUACAGGCUACCAAACAUUAACAGAGACCCAAGUUCUCAUUUAAUGGAGGAAACAGCUUUGUUGUAUCCAGCUUCUUCAAGUCCUGCCAGGUUACAUUCACUGAAUUAUAAAAAAACAGCUGAUUAUGAAAAAGAAAUCUCAAUGCUACAUUCCAAAAGCCAUUCCAAAGAGGACCCGAAUGAGAGAGAAAAUGCCAAAAUGAGCCCUCGUGCUGGAAGUGCAGCAACAGGGUCUCCAGGCAGACCCAGCCCAACAAACUUCACUCAGACAAGCCAGGGUUGUGAAGGCCUUUUUGACCUUUCUAGCAGGCCAUCUUCCAUUAAUAUUAACAAGUAUGAUCAGUCUGAAGAAAGUUUUACAGCAUUCAGACCUGUGAGGAAAAGUACAGACCAAUCUACUCUGCCUCUAUCACAGGAAGUCAGAGGAAACUCACCCAGAAGUAAUGAUGUCACUAGUGAAAGUGAAAACAUACAACACACAAGUGAUGGAAAUGAGGAGUCUCUAUCCAAUUCUGAUGACGACACAGGGAUAACACCACUUAACCUUUCUAAGAAACCAGAUGCAAACUUUAUUCAUGAACCUGUGUACAAAACCACUCUCCAAAUGGAAAAUCAGAACUUUAUGGAGUUGCAGGAAAUGCCUUUGAAUCUCUCAGUAAAAGACAACUGUAAUGUAAAAUUAUCCCUCCAGAGUUCAUCAUAUGAUGCUGAAGACAGUGAAUCUCUAAAAGCAGAAAAUAAAAGUUUGGGAACAGAAGUAUGCAACCCUAAGAAUCACAUGGACAGGGACUCCUUCGAUAAGUCUCUUACUGUGACACAGAAAAAUGAAGCUCAAGAACUCAGGACAAUUGACAAUUGUGAUGAGCAGAAACAAACAGCAGCUGUUGCUCUUUGUCAGUUAGCUGCGUAUAGUCCUAGUAAAGUCCAAAUGGAGAUUGCAGAGAAACAUAAUCAGGACAGCAAUUCUCAGUAUACAGAAUCUGCUCCUGAACCAUCAGAUACUCAAGACAAUCGCUGUAGUCAAAAAACAAAAGGACAGAAAAGGACCAAUCAAAGAGAAGUAACAAAACUGCAGCAAGGAACAAAAAGAGUACGAACAAAUGACUGCAGUAGAGUGUUUACUCUGAGAAAGAGAACCAGAGUAUCAUAAUAUUUCACUUUCUAAUGCACUACCAACUACAUGAAAGAACGGUUGUCUAUCUACCAGAAAGCAAAGCUUUUCAGUUCAUGUUUUCAUUUCCUGUUUUUCAAUCUGGCAGACUCAUUUGAUCCAUUUAGGUUGAACCAUGUAAAUACAAACUACCUUUAAUUUUAUAUUUAUGUUUCAAAGUAACCCAAAUAUCUCUUGACUAUACAUAGAUUUUUCUGAGUGAACAUUCAAAUCUAACGUGAAGCUAAUGAUAUGUUUUUGAGUGCACUAUGGUGGAAUAACUUCUAGAUCCACUUUUAUUAUGAAAGGUGUAAAAGCAUGAAUAUCUUAUUUAUGACACAGAAGUGUCAAAAGUGUUUGUGACUUAUUAUUUUUAUUUUAGUUUAGUUUAGCUUUUAUUUUCAUUGUUGAAUAUGCUUUUGUUGAUUCCUCUACAAUCCAAGUGUUAAAAUUUCCGCUCACUUUUUAAAGCUUAGUACUUGUGCAGUUCUGACUGAGAAUACAACUUUGAUAAUUGGGCUUGGGAGUACUCAUUAAUUCUUGCUAACAUAUAAACUUACAUUAGUUUUAUCCAAAGUCAAAUGGAACAAUGAAAACAUGUUAUAGCUUAAGGUACUCAAAAUCUAUACUGAUACCUUGAGAUUGGUUUAACAUUCCUAUCCUAAACAUUUGUGCUGCCAGUUCUUUCUGUAAUUCCACUCUAGUUUGUUGUUAAUGGAAUAUGUGAAGCUGUAUUGGUAUAGCACUGGUACACUAUAUCUUAAAAAUUAUUUAUUAGCUCAGCAAUACUUACAAUGGUAAGAUUCCAUUGAUAUUGCAAGCACUACAGAAUUAUUACUGAACUGUCAUCUAAGUAUAACCAAGCAGCUUUUGCACACCUUUAAUAGAAGCAUUGUUUAAGCCACACCUCAAACUAAACUAAUUCAAGUCUUGAGGUUGGGAGUUUCAAAGGAAUUCCAAGUGACAGAUGUAGAGAGAUGCUCCCACACAAAUGUUUUUGUGCUUGACAGACUGCAUCCUUCAACACCAAGCAUCCAGAGAACUUCAAAGUGAAGGGUUAUUUAUUUUAAUUCAUUUUAGAAAGAACACUGCUGGUGAAGGUGUUAUUUCUAUAUUUUGAAUCCAUUCUAAUUUGUAAGUUUUAAAACAAUGGCAUGGUAGGUAUGUGGGGGUGGGUGGGAAGAUGUUUUGUGAACUUGUUGAAAGCAAUUUUCUAUUAGUAUGCCAACCUUUCAUAAUUUUGCAGUAAAAUGCUAUGUAUUAUACUUGCAAAAAAUCAUUAUGGAACAAAUAAAAAUGUUUAUAUUG